UCCACUGGACCAACAACUGGAUGCUUUAGUUGAUCAUCAUCUAUUUACUCUACAAACACACAUUUCUCCAUCCACCCCACCACCACCACCUCCAUCACCUGAGCAUCAUGCGAAUGCUACUGGAGAGCAGCUGGAUGAAGUUUGGACCGGCAGGUAGAGGCUCGUACGACUGGGUGACAGGAUCACCUCCAACACAGGAGAAGCAGGGCUUCAACUGGAAUGAGCUGGAAGAAGACAGAAAGACCGAGCUGGUGCUCUACGUCGUCAUCCCGGUCGUCUCCAUCCUCCUGCUGGCUCUCCUGGUCGGUUUGGUCUACCGCCGUUGUUCCCGCAGCAAACUGAGCCUGGCCAACAUCAUCGCUCUGGACCUCCAGGAUGCAGAGAGCAGUGCCGAGUUCCUGUCCUCCCUGACCAGGAAUGCAGAGCGCCACACCAGCACCAGCUCUGAUGGAUCAGACGGAGUCUUUGUCAUGGUCUACCUGCCUCCGCCCUAUGAGGAAACACUCACCAAGAUAACCCGUGCCGCCAGCCUGUCCAGCUCCAAAGACGUGGAGUCGAUAAAGAUAGAAGACCUGGAGGCCAAGCUGUGUCCGGAGCUGAAGGCCAGCGGCCGAUAUGUGUGAUUAGGUGUUAACGUUCCAGUGUAAAAAGACAUUAUAACUCCAAUAUUUGGUGUUUUUGAUAUCUUUGCUGUGUGUGUACUCACUGUUUGCAACCAUCACUCAACUCUGCAGCUCUACAGAGCUUUUUAUCCUCAUUUAGCGCAUAGUUUUGAUUUAACAGCACAUUUACUGUCUGGUUCAGUCCAAGCACUCUCAUCAUCCUUGUUUCCAGCAGCAGCAGACAACUUGUGAUCAAACAAGCUCCGAAAAACCCACUGUGCACUCCCUGCCCAGCAGCAAACAGCAGACAGACACAGUUAGAAACCAGCUGAAGUGGAGCACGUAGCAGCAGAUCAGCCAGAUAUUUUUGUCAGGAGUUGGUUGAGACCAAAGCAGAGGUG